CGCCCUCUUGGCCGGGACCCUCCCCAGGCUGAUUGGCCCCUCGGCGGCGGAUCCUCGGGCUGGCAGCAGACAGGCGCGCGUCACGUGGCCCACGGCGUCCAGGGCGCCGAGCCGCUGGCAGCCGGGCAUGGACCCUCAGGCCGCCAGGGCCCAGGCACGGCGGGCCGCGGAGCCGUCUCGGGGCCCGCCGCUGCCUAGCGCGCGGGAGACGCCCCCCAGCCCGGAGGCUGGCUUUGCCAAAGCUGACCACUCCAGUCAGGAGAGAGAGACUGAGAAGGCUAUGGAUCGACUAGCCCGUGGAGCACAGAGCGUUCCUAAUGACAGUCCUGCUCGGGCUGAGGGCACCCAUUCUGAAGAGGAAGGUUUUGCCAUGGAUGAGGAGGACUCGGAUGGAGAACUGAAUACCUGGGAGCUGUCAGAAGGGACAAACUGUCCACCCAAGGAACAGCCUGGCGAUCUUUUUAAUGAGGACUGGGACUUGGAGUUGAAAGCAGAUCAAGGGAAUCCAUAUGAUGCUGACGACAUCCAGGAGAGCAUUUCUCAAGAGCUCAAACCUUGGGUGUGCUGUGCCCCACAAGGAGAUAUGAUCUAUGACCCCAGCUGGCACCAUCCGCCUCCACUGAUACCCCAUUAUUCCAAGAUGGUCUUUGAAACAGGACAGUUUGACGAUGCUGAAGACUGAGAGUGGAGCUUUCUGCCUUGUAGGUGGGCGGGCCUCCACAUCAAGAUCUCUUUUCCUGUCUUGGAGGUUAAAAGUCGUAUGUGAGAAAACGUUCUCAGUGACCCCUAGUCUGCGGUACACAGACUAGUGUUCUUUAUUGAACAGUGUUCAAUAAGGCCCCGUCAUUCUCCCCAGUCUGUUGUUGUUAGUAAUGGGCUUCUCCUUGGAAUGUGUGUGUGUUUGUGUCAAGAGGAGUUGUGUUCUUUGUAAAUAAAGGUUAAAAAAA